AUGUCAAACUUUCAACUUCCACAAGGGUUCAGACCGUCACAACCUUCGAAUCAAAGUAAUGGUGGACCAUCACCCGAAGAGAGGGAAGCAGCUGAAGGUAGAGCAAGACAAGCUGAAGAAAUGAAGAGAACAAUGAUAGCUGCAAUGUUAGAACCUUCAGCGAGAGAACGAUUAUCUCGAAUAUCACUCACACGACCUCAAUUAGCCGCUCAAGUUGAAGAGAUAUUAGUUAGGAUGGGACAACAAGGUCAAAUAAGAGGUCAAGUAACUGAUGAUGCUCUGAAAGGAUUAUUAGAACAGGUAUCAAAUCCACCUCCGACGAAAAGCUCGACACCAGCCGUAUCAGCUGGAGGAAGAACCAAAUCCCUCGGUGGUGGAAUAACGAUACAACGUAAACGAGACGAUUCAGAUUCAGAUGAGUACGAUUUAUAG